UUCAUCGAAACAUUGCUAUAAAUAUUGAAAAUAUUUUGAGAAUUAAAUAAAUUUCUUUCAAUCGUUUCAUUCGUCAAAAUUGUCUUCACUUUUGUUGAACUCUUUUCUCAAUUAUUGUCAACUAAUUAAGUCAUCCAUGGCUUCAAAUACGUCUAAAAGUUGGUCUCAAUUAGUGAGUCGUCCGUCGAUAUCAAUAGAAGAUCCCAUCAGUCAACUGAAGAGUGAUUUGGAUCCAAAUAACGCCAAAGAAGUGUCUUUUGUUUCACUGAAUGACGUCAUGUCCGAAGAGUUGGCCAAUCAAUUGGAUACCCAACACGUGAACUCGUUUAGUGAAGAUAUCGGUGCAAUCGGAGGUCUUGAAGACAACGAAAAUAUAAGAAAAUUAAUGGCAGAGUCGGGUCUUGACGUAAGUCAAGUCCAGAAUCUUCUUGAGAAUACAAACGGAAGUGACACUUCUUGCGAUGAACUGUUGGCUCAUAUUCUUCAACACGAUUUCGAUCGACAACACGAUCACAAUCUGAAGAAAGAGGAGAAAAAGUUUAAUCAAAAUUCAAAGGUUGGCAUAUCUUAUGAUUUGUAUCGAAGAGUGAAAGACGAGUCUUUCGAUUCUGAAGACUCUGACGACGAUUUCCACGAAUACGGAGAAGAAUCCAAACAUUGGGAUUCGUUUGAAAAAUCGCAACGAAUGGCUGUGAAAGUGGGUCGUCAGGGAUUCGCCGUCAAGAAUGGAAUUGUGACCACAAAACACGAUUUAGAGACAACGGCGCGCAAGAAUGCCUGCAAAGCAAUGGACUUCGAGCUGAAGACCGGCGACGGCGGAGGUUUCGAUAUGAAACUCAAUAACAAUGUCUUUAAUGCACUGAAAGUCCAUUCCAUUAGUGAAGGCAAACGAAUGGCUCGAUUGCACGACAAGAAGGAAAAGUCGACCGCAGAGAAGGUUUUGGACGAAAAAAGUCGAAUUCUUGUCUUCAAACUCAUGAAUCGCGGCAUUUUGGACACCAUUAAUGGCGUCAUCGCUACCGGAAAGGAAUCAGUUGUUCUUCAUGGCAGAGGAUCCAUGACCGAAAAGGGCAUAACUCAUACCGAAGUUGCCGUCAAAAUAUUCAAGACGUAUUUGAAUGAAUUCAGAAAUCGCGUGCAAUAUAUAGGAAAUGAUCCGGUUUUACAUCAAACGGGAAAACUGUCGAAACAAAACCCAAAGUUUAUGAUUCCUUUGUGGGCGGAGAAGGAAAUGCAUAAUUUGAACCGAAUUCGAAAGAACGGAAUUCCGUGUCCCGAAGUAUUGAUUCUUAAGAAACACGUUCUGGUGAUGACAUUCAUUGGAAGCGAUGGCAAAGCGGCGCCCACUUUGAAAGAAGCGAAUCUGAAUGAAGAACUGCUGGAAAGGGCGUGGAAACAGACGGUCGACAUGUUAUGCAAACUCUUUAAAGAUUGCAAUUUAAUUCAUUCGGAUUUCAGUGAAUACAACCUCUUGUGGCACGAAAACAAACUUUGGUGUAUUGAUGUCUCACAAGCCGUAUUGUCAACACAUCCCAUGGCUUUUAAGUUCUUGUGGAGAGAUUGUAAUAACAUUUGCAAAUUUUUUGCUAAACGCUGUUUGAAUGAUAUUAUGACGCCUUCAGAAUUAUUUACCAAAAUUUGUGGCAAACAAUUGGACACAACUUGUGAUGAAAAUGAGUUCAAUUCUGUUGAUCUCUUGGAUAAAAUUGAAAAUUAUGAUAAAAGUGACGAAUUUUUAAAAUAUAACGAAUCAGACAAUGAGGAUCCGUUCGAAGAUAUGUUGGAAAAGAGUGCGCGAGAAAGGACACAGAAAGAUGUCUUUUGCAUUUCAAAGUCACCCAAAAGUUGACCUAAAGAUGAAUUAAUUUAUUGUGAUUUCUGUCAAAUAAUUUUUCAAAGUUUGUUGUUUUUAAAUACCGGUAAUUGAAAUGAUUUUUACAUUUUUUUCGGUAAACGAUUACCGAUAAAAUAAAAAUAAAAUGAAACCAAACUCUUGACGUAAACUAAUGUUAUUGAAUUGACUUUGAUUUACCACAACUACUGUUGUUUUUAUG